AUGGUGCUGCUGAAGAUGAAGUUCACCCAGCAGCGGCGGGUGCGUCUGGCCCAGGGACUGUGGCUGCUGUCUUGGCUGGCAGUGAUGUGUGGGACCUUCAUCUUUUGUCUGGGGGUUUACCUCAAAACAGAGCUGCUCCGCAGGGACGAGGUGAUGGACAACACAGAGAUCCACGUGGUGCCCAACAUCCUGAUGAUGGUGGGCCUGGCCUCCAUCGGCACUAACUGGGUCGCCAGUCGUGUUUGUCAGGACUCCUUGGACGCAAGCCGCUUCCCCCGUUGGAAGGUUCUCCUCCUGGCUUGGUUUGCUGUAGCUGCACUCCUCUGUUGUCUGCUCAUCGUUGUUGUGGUGCUGAGCUAUGCCCUGCAAGGACGUCUGGAGGAGUCCCUCAAGGUGGGCCUAAGGAAUGGCAUCCGAUUCUACAAGGACACAGACGUGCCGGGCCGCUGUUCUCAGAAGGAGACCAUUGAUCAUUUGCAGAUGGAGUUUCGCUGCUGUGGAAACAACAACUUCAAGGAUUGGUUUGAAGUUCAGUGGGUCAACAACAGAUACCUGGACUUCACCUCUAAAGACAUCAAGGAUCGUAUCCGGAGUAACGUGGAUAGCCGUUACCUGUUAGAUGGUGUUCCUUUCAGCUGCUGUAACCCGGCCUCCCCUCGCCCCUGUCUGCAGUACCACCUGACGGAUAACAACGCCCACUUCAGCUAUGACUACCAUUCAGAGGAGCUCAACCUGUACAGCCGCGGCUGUAGGCAGGCUCUGGUCGACUACUACAUGGACUUGAUGAAUUCAACUGGUCCUGGUGUGCUGUCAGUCAUCUUUAUACAGCUGUCAGUGCUUCUGAGCAUGCGAUACCUGCAGACGGCUGUGGAAGCAGCCAUGGCUCUGGAGAAUCCCGAGGGCGACAGUGAGGGUUAUCUCCUGGAGAAGGGAGUGAAGGAAACCUUUGAAGACCUCAAAGCCAAUGCCCUCACCAUGCUUAAGUUCGGGCAGGUUGAACCCAACGUCGGCGAGGAGUCCGCAGAUGCAGGGAAGGGUGCUGAUAACGCAGCGGAGAAGGCUGCUUCCCCUGCUCCUGACAGCUAG